CGGUGAGCGCGCGGCAUGCAGGCGCUCAACAUCACUCCGGAACGGUUCUCCAGGCUCCUGCGGGAUCACAACCUGACUCGAGAGCAGUUCAUCGCGCUGUAUCAGCUGCGGCCGCUGGUGUACACGCCGGAGCUGCCCGCGCGUGCCAAACUAGCCUUCGUGCUCACCAGCGUGCUCAUCUUUGCCCUGGCGCUCUUUGGCAACUCGCUGGUGGUCUAUGUGGUGACCCGCAGCAAGGCCAUGCGCACCGUCACCAACAUCUUCAUCUGCUCCUUGGCGCUCAGCGACCUGCUCAUCGCCUUCUUCUGCAUCCCGGUCACCAUGCUCCAGAACAUCUCCGACAACUGGCUGGGGGGUGCCUUCAUUUGUAAGAUGGUUCCGUUUGUCCAGUCUACUGCUAUUGUGACUGAAAUCCUCACUAUGACCUGCAUCGCUGUGGAAAGGCACCAAGGACUCGUUCACCCCUUUAAAAUGAAGGGGCAGUACACCAACCAGAGGGCUUUCACAAUGCUAGGUGUGGUCUGGUUGGUGGCAAUCAUCGUAGGAUCACCCAUGUGGCAUGUACAACAACUUGAGAUUAAGUAUGACUUCUUAUAUGAAAAAGAACACAUCUGCUGCUUGGAAGAGUGGACCAGCCCCAUGCACCAGAAAAUCUACACCACAUUUAUCCUUGUUAUUCUCUUCCUCCUACCUCUUUUGGUGAUGCUCAUCCUGUACAGUAAAAUUGGUUAUGAACUUUGGAUUAAAAAAAGAGUUGGAGAUGGCUCAGUGCUUCGAACCAUCCAUGGGAAAGAAAUGUCCAAGAUAGCCAGGAAGAAGAAGCGAGCCGUCAUUAUGAUGUUGACAGUGGUGGCUCUCUUUGUAGUGUGCUGGGCACCUUUCCACAUAGUUCACAUGAUGAAUGAAUACAGUAAUUUUGAAGAAAAAUAUGAUGAUGUCACAAUCAAGAUGAUUUUUGCUAUAGUGCAAGUAAUUGGAUUUUCCAACUCCAUCUGCAAUCCAAUUGUCUACGCAUUUAUGAAUGAAAACUUCAAGAAGAAUUUUCUGUCUGCGGUUUGUUAUUGCAUAGUAAAAGAAACCUUCUCUCCAGUACAUAGGCAUGGAAAUUCAGGAAUUACACUGAUGCAGAAGAAAGCAAAAUUUUCCAGAAGAGAGAACCCAGUAGAAGAGACCAAAGGAGAAGCCUUCAGUGACGGCAACAUUGAAGUCAAACUCUGUGAACAGCCAGAGGAGAAAAAACAUCUCAGACGACAUCAUGCCCUCUUUAGUUCUGAACUGUCUGAGAAUUCUGCUCUAGGCAGUGGACAUUAG